UCUCUCACGUACGUAAUGGCUUACGAGUUGCGAGAAGGCGUCUGUCGUCAACCAGGAGCGACAAAAAAUGGGUUUGGAUUAUCUUUGAAGAUUCGGCCGAACAUCGGGCUCUUUAUAAUAAGGUCCACCUGCUGCUCCGCCACCCACUCCAGCACUCGUUCACUCUCUCCCCUGAAGCACAAGAGAGGAGACCAGCGCGCGCGCGAACUCCACACGGUUCAGGUGCCAAGAACGGAGGAGAUGAGCGGAGCAGAGAAGGUGGUGGGCGUGAUCGGAGGGUCGGGUUACAUUGCUUCUUGGCUGGUCAAGCUCUUGCUCCUCCGUGGCUACACUGUUCGAGCCACUGUCCGAGACCCAUCCGACCCAAAGAAGACAGGACACCUUCUGGCACUGGAGGGGGCAAAGGAGAGGCUGCAUUUAUUCAAAGCGGAAUUGCUGGAAGAAGGGUCCUUUGACUCGGUAGUCAAUGGAUGCGAAUGUGUUUUUCACACUGCAUCGCCUGUUUUGCUCUCAGCUGCUGACCCCCAGGCUGAAAUAAUUGAUCCUGCCCUAAAAGGCACCCUUAAUGUUCUAAGAUCAUGCGCCAAAGCCUCUUCUAUCAAGAGAGUGGUUGUGACGUCCUCUAUGGCUGCAGUUGCAUUCACUGCAAAACCUCUGACUUCGGGUGUUGUCAUUGAUGAGACUUGGCAUUCAGAUCCAGAAUUUUGCGAGAAAUCCAAGCUCUGGUAUAUGCUUUCAAAAACCUUAGCAGAGAAGGCAGCUUGGGAAUUCGCCAAAGAGAAUGGAAUUGACCUUGUCACAAAAAACCCAGGAUAUGUGAUUGGCCCUAUCUUGCAGCCCACUGUUAAUCUCACUGUGCAGACGAUACUGAACUUCAUUAAUGGAGCUCAAACAUUUCCAAAUACAUGCUAUAGAUUUGUUGAUGUCAGAGACGUCACACUCGCACAUAUCCUAGCUUUUGAAAAUCAUUCAGCUCACGGAAGAUAUUGCCUAGUAGGCAAAGUCGUACACUGUCAUGAUGCUUUGCAGAUUCUCCGCAAUCUCUACCCCACUUUGCACCUCCCUGAGAAAUGCGAAGAUGAGAAGCCUUUCUCAUCGAAGUAUGAGAUAUCAAGAAAGAAGGCAGAAGCUCUGGGUAUCAACUUCACUCCAUUGGAGGUGAGUCUGAGAGAUACCGUCGAAUGCCUCAAGGAAAAGGGAUUCAUCUCUAUCUAGGCACUUGCUUAGAACAGCAUAUCACAAGCUUGCUAAUGACUUGUGGACCUGUGCUCUGUCCUCAGCCUUUCAGCUCCUAAAUAAUGCAAUUGUUCUGAAUGAUGUAUCAUUACCCACAUUUAGAGAUUACUCUGCCAGUUUUUCCCAGCUAAUCUUAAGUUAUUGAUGUUUAGUUUCUCUGUC